AACUUGUGCCGCCUCGAAGGCGACGAGGACCCUUACCAAUGGAGCAAUAAACGGAAAUGGUUACUCUCCAUCACCUUUAGCAUCCAGAAUGUCGCCGCCUCGAUGGGUGCAUCCAUUUUUACCCCGGGUAUUACAUUGAUUGCUCGCGACUUCGGACAAUCCAAUGUGAUCGUAACCUUGGGCCUCAGUUUUUACGUACUAGGGAUGGCUUUUGGCCCGAUAAUCUUCGCGCCGAUGAGUGAGGUCUACGGCCGAAAAGUAGUUCAAGCACCAGCGUGGAUCCUAUUCAUUGCCUUCCAGUUCGGUUGCGUAUUUUCCCAAAACAUCGAGACGUUGGUGAUAUGUCGGUUUUUUGUUGGCGUCUUUGCGUCUCCGGCUUUGACGGUGGCGGGCGGCGUGCUGAUGGAUAUUUGGGAACCGGAUAAAUCGGGCCCGCCUAUGGGGCUGUUCACUAUGGCCGCGUUCCUCGGUCCUGUCAUUGGUCCGAUUGUCGGCGGGUUUUUGGUGCAAGGGCUUGCACUGGACGAAGGAUGGCGGUGGUGCUUCGGCGUGCAACUUAUUCUUUCGGGGGUUUUCUUGCUCAACUGGCUUUGGAUUCCCGAAACGUUGCAGAAAACCCUUAUACUCCGGAAGGCUCAGCGACAGCACAAGGAGUCUGGAGCCAGUGGUGUUGUUGCAAGUAAGCCGGACAUGGCGAUUUUUAAGAAGGCCGUCUGGCGGCCACUUGAGAUGCUAUUUUUGGAUCCGAUCAUACUUCUAUCGUCGUUAUAUAUCAGCUUCAUUUUUGGGAUUCUGUACCUAUUCUUCGCUGCGUAUCCAAUAGUCUUUCAAGGCCGCUACCACAUGAAGCCUGGUCCCUCCGGCCUUGCGUUCUUGGGCAUCGGCCUGGGCGUGCUAAUCUCAUUCCCGACAGCAGGCGUUGCCAGCAAGGUGUACAUCAAAAUGAAGGCGGCGCGAGGCCUUGACCGCUUCCCCGAAGGGCGUCUCCCCUUCUCGAUCAUCGGCUCAAUCCUCGUCCCAGUCAGCCUAUUCUGGUUCGCAUGGUCGGGCUUCCAACGUAUCCACUGGAUCGUCCCUGUUCUCUCCGGAAUUCCCUUUGGGUGGAGCAUGACAACCAUCUUCAUCAACUUUAUCAGCUUCAUCGCAGAAGGGUACCUCGAGUACGCGGCAUCUGCCAUUGCGGCGAAUACCAUCAUGCGCUCGGUCUUCUCUGCCGCCUUUCCACUGUUUUCGGCACAGAUGUACACCAAACUCAAGCCGGAGUGGGCUUCAACGCUGCUAGGAUGUAUUUCGAUCCUGUUCAUACCGGUCCCGUAUCUUUUCUGGAAGUAUGGGCCAAUGUUGCGGGAAAGGAGUAGGUUUAAUCCGGGCACCGGGAGUGCUUGAAAGAUUCUGUGUGUGUGUGGC